AUGCAACAAAUGCCAGGUGUUCGCUCUGAUCAGCCAAGUCCCUGCAGAGGUACUCCACUUAGUUUUCUCUCCAUGGCCAUUUUGGCAGUGGGGUGCAGAUAUCCUGGGUCCAUUCCCCAUCGCUCCCGGGCAGCUAAAGUUGUGGCUGUCGAUUACUUUACAAAAUGGAUCGAGGCCGAGGUUGUGGCCCCCAUAUCAACCGAGAAGGUACAUCGCUUUUAUUGGAAAAAUAUCAUAUGCAGGUUUGGCUUUCCAAAGGUCAUCGUCACGGAUAAUGGAAUCCAGUUUGCAAGCGCCUCAGUGGUCGACUUCUGCAAAGGCUUGGGAUUCCAGAACCGGUUUACCUCAGUAGAGCAUCCGCAGGCCAACAAACAAGCUGAAGCUGCUAAUAAAAUAAUCCUUACAGGGCUGAAGAAAAAGCUGGAGCAUGCAAAAGGACUCUGGGCCGAGUACUUACACGAGAUUCUCUGGUCAUAUCAUACAACGCCUCACCCCACUACCCAAGAAACUCCUUUCCGGCUAGUGUAUGGAGCAGACACUAUAAUUCCAAUCGAGAUCAACACUCCAACCUGGAGACGUGCACAUUUCAAUGAAGACGCUAACUUAGAAGGACUUAAUGUCUCAACCGACUUAGUUAACGAGGUCCGUGAAUCAACACGAAUUCGAGAGUAUGCGGCCAAGGACAGAUUUGCAAUAAGGUAUAGUUUGAAAUUCAAGUAG